ACUAAUAGUUGACCAGUGACAGGGGGCUGAGCACAAAUGCCUUGACUCCGUAUAAAAGAUUUGUCUGUUACAAUCCGUGUUACUAGUAGUCCGGGACCUGCUCUGCACAAGUUUCAAGAGACGAAGAACGGUCGUAAACGUACUCAACAGUUCGAUGUUUAGCGAGAUAAGGUCAAAAUAGGCGGUCUGGCGGCGAAAGAAGACUUUGUUAAUCAGUUGUGUUGUGUGGAGCUGUCAAGGCUUUGAUUGAUAGGUGAAUUGGUUCGUAUUCCGCUAGAACGACUAACCCGCUUGACCGAACCGUGCUUCAAUCGCAGUUGAAAWUCGUCGGUAAAACAUUGUGAAUGGGACAUUCCACCGUGCCGAACACUUAGAAAUACUCUAGAGUACAAUUCUAACAGGAUAUUGCCAAAUAAUGGCAACAUCAUCACACCUGUGAAGCGCAAACUUGGUGGAAGUCAUCGGCCUCCACAACAUGCUUGUGAUAUAACAUGAGAUCGUGUAUUUGGUGGAAGAUACCUGCACUGGUUGUUUUACUACUACAUACUCUAGCAGCCUUUCCAUUUAAACAGAAUAACAACAACUGCAAAGUCCAAGAAAUAUGUACAAAACCUUACGAAUCUCGGCUAGCUGACAGUGACAACGAACGCAAGAUAUGUGCCUCGCUAACUCUGUUCCAGCUUUGUUUGGAUCGACACAAGAAAUCGUGUCACUCGACUAUAUACUAUCACACUGUCAAGGCUUUAAUACCAGUGUUUAUGAAGGAGCACAAGUGUUCAAAUGUUAGUCUACCUCAAAAUGAGACCAAAGUACUGAAGAUUUUUAAGACUACGACGAGCGUAAUUGUCGAGAGUCCUAAACCUACAAACAAACCUAAAUGUAAACCAACGAUCCGAGGAAAUGCGUACAGAAAUGUCAACAUAUCAAAACGUUAUUGUGGGCUCUUUGGAGAUCCACAUUUGAGAACAUUUAGCGAUCUCAAACAGACUUGUGUAGUCGAAGGAGCUUGGCCUUUAAUCGAUAAUCAAUUCUUAGUAGUUCAAGUAACUAACGUCCCUUUAGUAGAAGGUUUCGACGCCACAGCAACAAGCAAGAUCACCGUUUUAGUCAAUGAAGAUAAAGAUAGUUGUGUCGAACAGAAAAUCUACCAAGCAAAGGCCAACUCAUUGCCUGCUGAGUUUGUCGAUGGAACAAGCGAGACUGGAAGCUCGAAUUGUCAAGUAAAAAUAACCGAACGACAGAAAGACUCGCUAAUAAAAAUUGAGCUAUGUCACAUUGCUACGGAUCUAUUAAUUCGAAAAGUUGGUCAGUUUUUGACCUUUCAUAUCAAGAUGCCUGAAGAUCUUGCUAAUUCGCAACAGGCCCAAGGACUUUGCGUUGGUGGUUGUCCAAAACGUGAAAUUAUUGACUACAGAGAGAUUCUAUCUUUUACAGAAGCACAACUUAAAGAGCGGUUACCCAAAAGAAAGGUUACAAGAAGAGAAGCCACACAAGAGUGUAGAAACUCUAAAAUUAAGGGCUUUUAUUUAGAUUCGUGCGUAUUUGACCUGCUCACAACUGGUGAUAGAAACUUUACCAAGGCAGCUAAAAGUGCACUGGAAGAUGCGUUUUCGCUGGAUUCGAAAGGAAUAGUGCAUGAUAUCAAUACAUACAACGAGACUAUUGCAAACGUUUUAGACAAUCCGCAUGUGGAGGCUGGAGGAGUGAGUAAAACCCGUAAUAGAACUUCAAGCAAUGCUGCUAUUAAGAGUACUGUAUACAGCUACGGGUUGUUUUUACUAGUGUACUGUCGGUCUUUGUGGACGAUAUUCAGCUAGUCACGCUCUUUCUUUUCUCAAUCAUCGUACUUUUUUGCCACUACUAGUAGUUUUAAUUGGUAUAAUAGACGUGCCAUGAACAAACACACUCUUUGUAAAUACAUUUCUAGCGCUGUACAAAAGACCCUUUUACAAUAUAUUUCUAUGGACAUGAUAUUUUGGAAAAAAAUUCACAGAAACAAAUCGGGAAAAAUUCAUGAAUAAACUUCUAGAAAUAUUAAUUUAUGGGAUGCACUAGUACUUGAGAAAUAAAUCAUUGUUUGAGUGAUAUCGGUGAUUGGGCAUACUAGUCUGAUAUCUCGAUAAAUAGUCUCUACACUUUAAGUGGGUUGUCGUCAUCUUAUUUCUUGCCGGCCCCAUGGACUGAUUACCUACACGAACGACAAUCUAGAACGUUAUUGAUAGUUAGUGGAUGUAAUUGCUAUUCUUUAAGGUGGUCUGGAAUCUACAGAUUGAUAGGGCUUUUGAAUUGCGUUUGCUUCGCUGUUCGUGCACAGAUGAGAGACAACAUGUUCGAGAUUAAAAUAUGUUCAAUCACA